GUUUAAUGAAUUUCAUCAUCCUGCGGUAGUUUACUGCCAACCGUCUAUCCGUUCGGAAGUUUAGAAAACUUGACAAAAUGCAUACCCGUGAUAAAUUGAAGCCCAUCAACCGGGAAGAUUGGCCUGCGCUGAGGGAUAUGUUCCAAAGUGAGUGGCCGCAGCACGAACUUGGAUACAACACCAUCCAAAACUACAUCAACUGGGUGGCCAUCGAUCCGAAGAUAAAACAGUUGCAGAUACUGGGACUGAACGAUAAUUGGCGGGACAAUGGAACGUUUAUUGUUGUCGAUCGAUAUCAAAUUUACAUGUAUAGUCUGGAUGAGUCCGGUGAUUCAUUGAAAAGAGCUCUCUUGCUGCUGGAUUGGGACUACAGUUACCUGAUCGUCAGCGCACAAGAGUCCAAACGUGAAGUAAUAAGGGAAGCGCUUAGAUCAUGUAAUGUGGAUUUCCAAUGGGAAGCCGAUAGCAUCAAGUACGAGCUUCUGAAGGAGGAUUGUCUCAAACUGGAAGUAUCGUUGCCUGCCGGUUUACAUCUGAAAAAACUUGAUGUGAAGCACGCUCGUAUCGCGAACAAUGUUUGGCCAUGGCGACACGAAGGGUCUGAAUAUUUUCUUAAGCGGAUCGCAGCUUGGAAUACGUCGAUUGGGCUGUUUAACGAAUCUGGGGAAAUGUUGGCAUGGAGUUUUGUGUGGCCAACGGGGGCGAUUGGGCCGCUAGAGGUGGCGAAGGAUCACUUUCGGAAAGGAUACGGAACGCUGAUUACGAAAGCCAUUGCAAGGGAGGUGGCCAAGGUUGGAUUGAAUUGCUAUGGAACGGUGGUCAGCACAAACGCGCCCUCCAUUGCCAUGUUUAACAAACUCGGAUUUCAACGACUGGAGACUACGUAUUAUGUUCGAACCUUUGCUAAGAAGCUGGUCGAGUAUGAUCACUAAAAUGUUUUACCCAUAACCUUAACCAUUUUUAAAGAUUGAUCUGUUAUUAAUAAAUGUGAAAUGUGGUGUUGUAUGUGUAUUGAUUACCAACUGAACAAAUAUAUUAAAUAAUGCUUAAAUUCAAACAA